ACAGCCAUGUUGUGGAAGGUACCCCUGCUAAUGGGACUUAUCGUGCUGGGGACCCAUAUCUGGACGAUUCAAAAAGAAUUUGUAGACAUUAGCAAGAACCUAGACUAUUUUAUGGCAUCAGUGGAGUAUGCUGUGACUCAGUUCAAUGAUGACAACACAGAAGAGAACACAUACAGGUUGCUGGAGAUUGGGCGAGCCCAGAAAAAGACAUGGACCAUGAUAUUUUUAAUGGACUUGGAUAUGGGCCGCACAAUUUGUAAAAAACAUGAUGAAAACACUGACAAUUGUCCCAUGCAAGAAGGCCCAGGAGAGAAAAAGGUGCACUGCACUUUUCAUGUGGAUGCCCGACCUUGGUUUUCCCAGUUCACUCUUCUGUACAGUUCAUGCAAUGCAGACGUAGGAGAGGACAGGGUCCCUGUCCAAUCUCAGCUGAAACUCCCUCUUCCUCUGGAGUGUGACAGUCUGUAG